UUGACGGCAAAAAAGCGGUUUUCGUUGGGUUGCUGAUGAUGAUCAUCAAACUAGAACCAAGUUUGAAGUCGGCUUUAGUUGGUGUUUUAACUUGUCUCAGUUGACGGUUUGCUCCGUCAGUUCAUAACUCAACAUAUCUCAAGUUACCUAAAGAAAACUUUUUCCCAAUUUCCCGGUGUUUUGUUUUUUGCCAUCACAACUCUACAACUGACUCAAUUGAAAUUAAUUUUUGGUGAUUAUUUACUCUUUUCUCUAUCAUCUUCAUUUCUUUUUAAUCAAUAGCAACUCUUGGUGCAUUGGAUUCAAUUCGGAUGACUUCGUUUCUGGUUAAUACCCAUUGUCGUUCAUUGUGCUCACCCUUGGUGCAAUAUUUCCAGACAGUCUUCGAAAUAUAACAACUAUCCUGUACAUAUUUCGGACUGUCGACACAUUAUAUUGGAUUGUAGCAUCAAUUUUUCUCUUCCAUAACCAUGACAUGUAAAUACAAGUUGUCAACCCAAUCAUCAACAUCAAGUUUUCAAACAGACCGAGACUCGCCAGUUAACGGUCAACAAUAUGCGUUACAAUUUAUACCUUUCAUGUCCAGUCAUUGUUUUAAAAGUAAAGUAAACCUUCCAGGAUUGCAGUUAAUGUUGAAGUUAUUUUAUUCUGGACCAUCUUCAAGAAAAGGGAAAAGUGUUCACAACCGAGCUCUAUUUCAAGCCAAUGCCAAUCAUGGAAACUUCAAUGUGAUAUCCUUUUUACUGUUAACAAUUGUCUACUUAUGUUUAAUAACCAGGCAUGUGAAUUGUCAACCUCGGCUGCCAACAGCAACAUCCAAUGCUCAACCAAAUUAUCAUCUUCGACCAUCGCCAUCCUUGACAUUAAAUCCCAAUCAUAGGUAUCAAAAUUACAGUUUACCAGCUCAAAAUCAACAGCAACCACCCAAACAACAACCACAGCCACAACAGUCGCAGCAACUGAAUGCCAAUUACUAUCAAUAUCAUCAAUCAAUACCUUGCCGGGACUUACCUGAUCCAUAUGGUUUCCAAAGCCUCCCUUGCUAUUGUACCCUAGAACCCAACAAUUCAACCCACAUCAAUUGUGAUUCAGUACCUUUUUUCGGUCCCUUCCAAGUUGCCUCUUCCUUAUCCUUUCCGACUUACACUGGUCGUCGAGUGUCCAGUUACACUCAACGUCAUGCAGGAAUUCAAAGUCUACAAUCUCAGCUAUUCACUGCCAGUGGAAUUAAAUUACGUAAACUGGACUUUUCGCACAACCUUUUGCGUCGAUUUCACGAAAGGUUUCUCGACGGAAUUGAACCCUUUCUGAUUGAGAUUAAUUUUUCUCACAAUUUACUUGGUGAUACUUUGAAUCCAAUCUUUUCAACCAAUGAAUUUUACCUUCUCUCCUCAUUACAAGUCUUAGAUUUAUCUUACAACCAACUUCGAGCAUUGGAUUCCAACAUAUUUAAAGGUCUUAAAAAUUUAACGCAAUUAAAUCUAAAUGGUAACCAGUUUAAAGACGUACCUUAUCCAUCUUUAUCUCAACUGCGUACCCUUAAGGUACUUGGCUUGGCAUCUAAUCGUCUAACGGAACUUACAGCCGAUGAUUUACCAAAAUCUCUGUCCAACUCUUUGAGAACUCUUAACUUGACUGAUAAUCGAUUGACCAACCUUUUACCUGGUUCUUUAUCCCACCUAACCCAGUUGACUGAGCUUUACCUUGGCCAUAACCAGUUGACCCAUUUACGGCCCAAUGCAAUGGAAGGUUUAAAUUUUCUUGAAAUUCUUGAUCUUUCAUCAAACUUGCUGGACAAUGUACCAAUUGAAACACUGAAUGGUCUUCGUAAAUUGCGCAAACUGUAUCUUGGCUCUAAUCUGAUUGAGAUUCUGGAAAAAGAUGGACUUGGUUUGGGUGAUUUACCUUCACUUGAAUACUUGGAUUUAUCACGAAAUAAUCUGGUUUCUCUUGGUGAUCAUCAUGUUUUCACUGGUUUACCUCGACUUCGAACCCUCGACUUGUCCUACAACUCUCUUCGUAAGCUGGAUCUUUCAGAGGAACAGUUGUUUGCUCCAUUAACUAAACUGGAAACUCUUGAUUUAACAGAUAAUUCACUUGAAUCAUUUCCAGUUCAUCUAAUGUAUCCACUUACUUCUUUGAGGAAAUUAUUUCUCGAUUACAAUCGGAUAACUGAAUUAACCGAAGAAUCGGUUCUCUCGAUUGGUUCCUCUCUUGAUGAAUUAUCAAUGGCAUACAACAGGUUAACAUAUUUACCCAGUUACCUCGCUUCAAAGAGUAAAAAUCUUCGCCUUUUAAACCUUCAUGGCAAUGGUAUUGCUUCUGUCAGUCAAGACCUUUUUGAUCCCAUUGCUGAAGCCAUUCUAGGCCUAGACUUGGGUCUUAAUCAACUGACUCAGUUACCCAGGUUAACCUUUCCUCGUCUUAUGAUACUUAACCUUGCCAGCAAUGAAUUGUCAACCCUUGAACCUGAUACACUUAUUGACCUUCCUUCACUGCGACACUGUAAUUUAUCUCACAACCUGUUUAGUUCACUUUCACCAUCUCUUUUCACUCGAAACACUCAUCUUGAAGUAAUUGAUUUGUCUGCCAAUUUAAUUGAAAAACUGGACGAAGGUACAUUUACCAAUGGAUCAAGCUUUACCAUAAUCAAUUUGUCCAAAAAUAGAAUCAAAGAGAUCUCAUUGGGAGCCUUUCAAGGGCUCUAUCGACUCCAUAAAUUGGAUCUUUCUUACAAUGAACUUUCAACUCUCAAGCCAGGCACUUUUAAUGAAACACCUUCACUAAAGACUCUCAAGUUGUCCUUUAACCGGUUAACUUCAUUGAAGGGCGAAUACUUUACUCCUAGAACUCGCAUUGAAACUCUCGACUUGUCGGACAAUUCCAUUUCUUACCUUUAUCCAAACAGUUUUACUGGUCAUCGUCGGUUAAAGACACUGGACUUGUCUCGAAAUAAACUCUCCUAUUUUCCAGCAGAGAUACUCGCUGGUCUACGACACUUGACUAGCAUCAAUUUAUCAAGCAACAAAAUUGCUUCUCUGGACUCUUCUGAUUUCGCUAAUAUGCCUUUCUUAAGAUCUCUUGACCUUUCCUUUAACGGAUUAACCUACAUUGGACCCAAUUCAUUUUCAAAUUCAACCCUACUUUAUACCCUUGAUUUGUCUGGCAAUGCAAUUGCCUCACUUGAUAGAGCAACUUUUAAAGGUUUAACUCGAUUAAGGUUAGACUUGUCAGACAAUCGGCUCAACUAUUUGCCCAGUGAAAUGUUUUCACGAUCAUACCUUUCACGACUGGAAACGAUUAACCUUUCACAUAACAAUUUCACCAUUUUCCCUCUGGAAUCUCUUUCACAUCAAUAUUUAAAUUUACAAUCGAUUGACCUUUCAUACAAUAGUUUAACCACUCUUCCAUCCAAUGUUAAUUUAAUGGUAAACAUUAAAUCACUCGAUGUUUCCAAUAAUCCCUUGACUCCAGAGGCUGUAACUUCACUCUUGUCUGAACCCAAAAGCAUAAGGAAUCUCAAUGUUGCCUUUACUGGUCUAAACAGUUUACCUUCAAUCAUGGAAACUCCAUUCUUACAAAGCCUCAACAUUAGCGGAAAUAAUAUAACCCAUUUAAAGUCAUCAACUCUUCAAAAAACUACUCUCCUUGAAACAUUUGAUCUUUCCCGAAAUGAACUCACUUCGCUGGGUAACUUGAUAAAUGGCCUUAAAACUUCAACCAGCGAUUUACGAGCACUUUAUCUUAAUGGCAAUCCUUUAUCUUCUAUUCGUAAAGAUGAUUUCAAAGAAUUCAAAUCAUUGGAAAUUUUGGACAUUUCCAAUUUAACGGCUCUUUCAAACUUGGAUUGUAGCUCAUUGGUUUCACUGGUUAAUCUACGAACUCUUUACAUGUAUGGUUAUCCUUCGCUCGAAAGUUUAUCUAUUCAAGAGUGUCUCGCUCAUCUGUCAACUAAACUUGAUCGUCUUGGUGUUGAAGUAAAGGAAGACCAUCUUCAGGGUCACCUUCAAAAGGCCUUUUCCCCUCGUUUAAAUGAGAUUCUCAUUACGGGUAGCAAGUUGACUUCACUCUCACCCAGCUGCUUGAAUGGACUCAAAAGUUCAACCCUUAGUCUAACUCUUACAGAUACCUCGGUAUCCCUUAUACCAAGUAACUUGUUCAGUCCUCUUCCAAUGUCUACUCGAAUCGAUUUUACUCUCUCAUCAAAUGAAAUUUCUUCACUGAAUGGUAAAUUCCUCGAUUCUUUGGACAUUAAACCAGUCAACAUGAAAAUUUACGGUCUUCCUGCCAACCCAAUUGUAUGUGACUGCAGUCUUGAACCAUUGUAUAAAUGGUUAGCUGAGAAAAUGUCUCGUCUUAAUUGGUUCCAAAAUGAACUGCCUAUUGAUUCAAUAGACAAGUUGACCUGUUCUGGACCCGAAUCUUUGAGAGGCUAUCGUCUAAUUGAGCUUACACCAGAAGAUUUAACAUGUGGUGAUAUAUUGAGUGAAUCAUCUGUAGAUUCAUCAUCAAUCUCAUCUUCAUCCUCUUCAUCUUCAUCUUCAAUUACAUCAACAACUGAAAUCAUCUCUGAACCAGUUACACUGGCCACACCAGUUACACCAAGGAAACAACCAAAUUCAAACAAAAAACCAGAAAUUAUUUUCCAAUCAACCCGUAAACCUAACCACCAUUCAUCUUCAUCAUCAGUCAAUUUACGAGGAAUGAUUAAACCUCGAACUCACGAUCCAACCCAUCGACGAACUGCACUAACCAAAGUGGACACAAUGAUUAUUGGAAUAGCAGCCGGGGUUAUUGCCUUUGUCUGCAUACUGAUACUCAUAAUUUGCGUCAUUCGAGCACGAUCACCGUCAACAAUGCCACUCGAUACAGCCUACAACACCGCUUACCAUGGUCUUGCCGGAGCUGGUGGCUUAUCAGCUGCAGCUACUUUAAGAGCUCCUAACGCCUGUACAUGUCUUAAGUCAAUGACUUGUGGUUCAUGUUAUGUACCAGGAAUCACCAACUCCAACAGUAAUGGAACCCUUCGCCCAAGUCUCACCUACUAUGGUAAUGAGACUCUUCGUCCUGUGCCAAUUAAAAUGCUCUCAUCCACUGGUACACUUGGUCGUGGAGGUAAAGCACCCAGUUAUUACAUCUCAUACCCAGACAUGGAUACGGACGGGCACAAGUGAAUCAACAAAUCAAUAAAUGAACAAAUUUGUUAAUCUACAUUAAUUUACUCCUUUUUGUACGCUCACGCACCAUUACUUCUUAUAGCUUCUAGUUCGAAGCCAUUAAGAAGUAAAAUUAUUUUUGUCAAACAAAAUUGAAUUAGCAAAAAUUUUAAAUUGAAACAAUUUUCUAGUUUAAAUCCUUCAACUGCGUCAUUUCCAUCAAAGACUUUUUCUAAAUUUUUUUUCGUUUCAAAAUAUUUUGUAUAAAGACUAAUUCUGGGAAUGGAAACAUAUUAAUAAAUUGUAAUAUAUUCGUUUUGUUUUUCACUGUUGUUAACAAAAAAUUAACCUUUGCUUUUAACAAAAAGCAUUGGUAAUACAUUACUAUUAAACUUGAAAAUGA